AUGUUGGUAGCGGCAAAUCCUGUCCCUGUUGUGGCUUAUCCUCCCUCCUCGUCUCCGCCUGUUAUGGCUAGCAGAAGAGGCGGAGGAGGUCACUCAAUGUCCCCUCUCCAAGAUGAUGCCGAGUCCAGUACGACUACUUCUACUAGAGUGCAGACUCCUGGCAACGCUAGAACCGUCAUGGUGACGGGAGCCAAUGGGUAUCUGGCCAGCUACAUCGUCAAGGACUUGCUCUGUUCUGGACACACGGUGCAUGCAUGUGUCCGAGAUGCCAGCAAAGAAGCCUCUGUCGAGCACCUGAAGCAACUCACAAACGCCAAGAGCCACCUCAAACUCUUUUCCACGGGAGACUUGGCAUGUGCCGGUCCCGGCAGUCAAGUCUUUGAUGCUCCCAUGAAGGGAUGCGAUGCCAUUAUCCACUCCGCGACACCCUUGAGUGUCAAAUUCGGAUCCAACCACAGUGGAAAAGAAGACAUUUUCAAUCCAGCCAUGAUUUCCACACAAGAAUUGCUGGAUUGUCUCCGUCGACACGCCAACACGGUCCGAUGCCUCGUCCUGACAUCCUCCAUGGCAGCCGUGGCGCCGCGACCGGAACCAGCCGUCAAGGAUGAGUCACACUGGUCUGAUCCCGUGAGUCAACAGCAACGCGACAAUUGGUAUGGAUGCACCAAAACCAGUCAAGAACAACUCGUCAAAGAGUGGAUUACACAACAUCGACCGUCUCUGUUGUCACCCGACUUUGUCUAUGCCGCUAUUUGUCCGACCAUGGUCAUUGGACCUCAAUUGAGAAGGCCCACCACUCGAAUUAAUAACAACAAGAUCACCAAGGUUGACGGAACCAUGGGAAGCUUGCAAAAGUGGCUGCGAGGUGGAAAGUCUCUCGCACCCAAUGACUCCAUGAGCUUUAUUCAUGUACAGGAUUGUGCCAGGAUGCACACACGAAUACUCCAAUUGAAAGCUACCGAUAUCAACCAGCAUGCACGAUACAUGAGUCUCAUUGAAAGCUUGCAUUGGAAUGACAUUUUGCAACUCCUGCGCGAACUAUAUCCCAACCUGCCGCCCUUUACACCCUACCAAGGAGAUGACAAGGUCAAACCGACGCAGUUCAAUCUUGACAAUAUGCAGUCCCUAUUACAACAACAGCCAGUGAAGACCACACGAGAAGCCUUGCAAGAUUCCAUUGACUAUCUGAACCAAAUAGGUGCCCUGGACUGA